CACAUCGUAGUUAGUCGUUUGAGUGCGUUCGGUCUGAGUGGAUUGCGCACAACGCACCCCGGUGCUGGUCCAUCCGAACGGCUGACAGUGAACGCGUGUGUCUGACCGCGUGUGACGGCCUUGGAGGUCACCAGUGUUCGUGAACGGGGGCUCGUCUGCAUUGUUGCACGCGUUGUUACUGCUGGCCGAUUGGUUUACAGGGCAACUGGGUAACCCGCGCAAUGCUAGCGUUUCGAUAAAGUAAAGCAACAAAGGAAAAGGGCCAUAAAGUGUUUGUGUGUGUAUCUGUUCGGGUGUUUGUGCAGUGCUGAUAGCACCCAUCCCGACCGAAACACUCUGUAAAGUCAAAGUCAAAGAACGAAGUGUGUUAGUUCCCAUUUACAACCCCGAACCAGCAGCAGUGUGUGAUAUAAAUAAUGACGGACAUCGGCGAGGCAACGUCCCCGUCGGUCGUGCCACUGACGGAGAACGAUCCAGACCAGGCACCGCCGAAAGACAAAGGCCUUUGGCGCGAUCUCGUGGCCUAUUGGAUACUGGGACUGUGCAACAACUACGGCUAUGUGGUGAUGCUGACAGCUGCGCACGAUAUUCUGAAAGAGCUGGAGGGGGGAGACGGGCACGCCAAGAGUGCAUCGCCGUUGGACGGCUACGACGUGGCUAACACAACGGCCCGAGCUGAUGACGUUACGUUUGGGUACGAGGCACGUCCGUGCAACAAGCUCUCGACCGGUGCAAUUCUCCUGGCCGACAUCCUGCCGGCACUGGCCGUCAAAUCGAUUGCAUCGUUCCUUCCGUUGGCGAAACAUGUUCGAAUUUUCCUAUGUGUUGCGGCAGCCGCCGCCGGCUUUCUGCUGACGGCCUUUGCCACCGUCGAAUGGGUGCUGUUCGUCGGCGUUAUAGCGACCUCGUUUUCAUCCGGGCUCGGCGAGGCCACCUUCCUCGCGUACGCAACAUACUUCAACAAGAACGUUAUUUCCACCUGGUCCUCGGGGACGGGCGGGGCCGGCAUUGCCGGGUCGCUUUCGUACACCGGCCUGACGGGACUCGGACUGACGCCAAAAACGACCAUUCUCAUCAUGCUGGUUGUGCCGGGGCUAGAGGCGGCUGCAUUCUGGUUGCUGCUGCGCCACAAAGACACGGACAAACCGGCGGACAUUUCCGAACAGGAGGCCGGGAAUGAAAAGCCAGAAGAGAUCGACUACAACACACUGCCGGAGGACGAGCGGCCGCUUGAGAACUGGAAUCAGCGGCUUCGGUACAUUCCGUCGCUGUUUAUCUUUAUGAUUCCUUUGAUUCUGGUGUACCUGUUGGAGUACUACAUCAACCAGGGACUGUUCGAGCUGGUGUACUUCCCCGGGAUCUGGUUGUCCCAGUCGGCACAGUACCGAUGGUAUCAGGUGAUCUACCAGAUCGGUGUGUUCAUUUCGCGCUCGUCAGUCAACCUCAUCCAGUUCCGACAGGUGUGGAUCAUGGCAGUGUUCCAGUUCCUGAACGUGGUGUACUUCACGUUCGAGGCGGUGUACUACUUCACGCCCUCUAUCUGGAUUAUCUUCGUGCUGAUCCUGUGGGAAGGUUUGCUUGGUGGCGGUGGCUACGUCAACACGUUCUAUCGCAUCCAGACCGAUGUACCGGCGGCCAGGCGCGAGUACGCGAUGAUGGUUACGUCCAUCUCGGACUCGGUCGGCAUUGCACUGGCCGGUAUCGCCGCCAUACCGUCGCACAAUGCGAUCUGUGAUCUACCGGUGCCCGAUCGGUUGCUUUAACAGGACACACAUUUACCUGUGGGGUCUCCUGUGGGAUGGGGUUGUUUUAUAAGCACAAAACAUUUAAAUAAAUUCGCCUAUGUAUCAUUUUACGCUUAGUCAA